CGCCUCUCUUUGGCCGGUUUCAUCAUAGUAUCAUGUAAAUAUCCGCUUCGUUAUAUCGAUAGCACAAAAAAGUAAAAAUUACAGCAGUUGUGUGUUAUUUUAAUUGAUUACCAAAGUGCAUAGGAAUGUAAAGGGUUAUUUAGUUUUUAUAUAAAUACAGUCAACGUGUACUUGUAAAUACCUGUAAAUGACAAAAAGUAAUAAUGAUCUACGCAGUGUUUUGAAUUGACUUUAGACGAAAAAAAUCAACGACUGAUCAGUGAUUCCUUCAACAUUGAUUAACAUAUUACCCUCAUCAAGCGUCAAACAUGUGAAACUUGAUUUUUCAACUUUUUACUCAAAAUUAAACUUUAUUAUCCCUCACGUCAAUUUAACCAAAUCAAUAUAAUAGAGUCCUUUUUAGGUUUAUUGGUCUUAUUCAUUGAGUCAUACUAUUCAAUGCCUCAAGUGUAUGCAACAUCAUUUUUGUGUAUAUGUUGUUAAUUAAAAUAUGUAAAAAGCACAAAAUUACAUUUGUAUCGUUAUACCUAUCAUCUCGUAAAUAUUCAAGGAUAUUGAGUCGCAAUUUCACAUUUUAAUGAAAAACAGCCCUAAUUCAAUUGUAUUAUAAAAAGCCAUCGAAUUUUUCUAAAUUUUUUAAAAAGUAUUUUUAUGAAUCAAUUAAAAAAAGUGCAAUGAGUAGUGGUGGUUAUCAAGACAAAAGCUACGGUGGACACAGUAGUCGUUUUAAUGGUCCAGGUAGCCAUGAUAAUAUAAUUAAUUACAAUCGUAAUAAUAAUUAUCAACGUAGUGAUUAUAAUCAUCAACAUACUCGAAAUAAUAAUCCUGAUAAUUGGCUAAACAAUACAAACUAUUAUCCACAUGAUUCACAAGGAUGGUCAUCAAAUAGAAAUAGUAACAAUCAUUAUCGACAAAGCGGAUAUUUGAGACCAUCAACAUUUUCAACAUUUCGAGGUAAUACAAAUUAUCAACAACGUGGUAAUAAUCGAAAUUAUAAUGAUAGUCGUGGUUAUAGAAUUUUAUUAAAUAGUGAUGAUACAAAUUAUCUAUCAAGGCAAAAAAAAUAUCACAGAGAUAACUUUUUUAGAGAUAAUAAUAUACACGAUGAACCACUAUCACCGCCACCACCACCACCACCACCACCAUUACUUGGUUCGGAAGAAGAACGGAGACUUAAAAUAACUGAAGCUGCUGAUGAGUUAAAACGUAAAUUAUCAACAAAUUUUGUUCCAUCAAAUGAUAAUAAUAAAACAAUCAAUAGUAAUAUUAAUACUCAUAAUAACUUGAAUAAUAAGACAAAUGAUCUUCAUUGUGAUAAAAAAAAUGAUAAAAUUAUUAAAAAAAAAAUUAUCAAUACCAAUGAUAAGAAUAAUGUGAAUAUAAAUUCCACUGAUGAUACAUCUGGUUUUAUACCAUUUUGGGCGUCAAUUAAAAAUUCAUUAACGAACAGUGAUACAACUGAUAAAAUCAUUAAAAAUACAUCUGUCAACGAUAAAGACAAAAACGAUGCAUCAAUUAAGAAAAAAGUUGAUAAAAAAAACAAGAAAAAACGUACAUGGUCAACAUUACCACCAAAUGAUAUGUCGAUAACAGAAUCACAAAAACAAGAUCCACCUUCAACAAUUAUAUCAGAAAAAACAGAUGAAAUUCAUCAGCAAUCGAAGGUUGAUAGUAGUAACAAUUCAUCAAUACCAAAAGGUGAUUUUAUUCCACUUCAACCCCCACCAAGUUUUAAUCAUUCAAUUGUUGAACAAGAACUAUUACUAUCACCAGCAAUAUUUGAUCCAAGAUGUCAUAAUAAAAUCACAACUAGUUAUAACAUCGUACCAAUAUUGACUGGUUCGGAUGAUAAUUCAAAUACAUCAGUGCAAAUACCACAAUUAAUACUUCCAUUGACUUCAUCUUCCACACAAAUAAAUAUACCACCAACAAUAGAAAAUUAUAAUCUUCCAACUGACUACAAUCAAAUGUCUUCAUAUUCAACAAUGACGACAUCAGUGAAUUAUUCAACAACAUUAACAACUCAGACGACCGAAUCACCAGUUCCACCAUCUGUUGAUGAAACGCCAACAAUUGAUAAUAUACCAUUACCAUCAGCAGCUCCUGGAUCAAGUUUAAAUGAAGAUGAUGAACUUGAUGAACUUCGUAUGGCUAUGGAAUUUGCAAAAGAAUGCAUGGGUAACAUGAAUGACAAUAAUGUUAAUAACGAUGAUUUCCGAACAUUUCCAGAUUUACCACCAAUGAAAUUUGAUGAUAUAACUUUUCCUCCAGAAAAUUUAAAAAUUAAAAGCUCAACGGUUAAAAGUAAAAAUAAACAGUUAUUAAAAUUUGAUAUUGUACAUGGACCGAAACCAAAAUUUGAUAGAGAAAUUUCAAAAGAAAAGGAUAGAUUGAAUGUUGAUAAGCAAAAAGAAAAAAUAAUCAUAGAACAAAAAACAAAAAACAAAACAACUAUUAAUGAGCUUCCAACAAUUAGAAAUUCAAAUUUUAACACAUCAACGUUGAUAAUAGCUGAUAAUGAUGAUCAAAAACGCCGUAAAGUUACAUUUAAUUUCAAUUCGAAAUUAAAAAAAAUUAAUUUAUCAGAUGAAUGGGCUGUCGUUGAAAGAGAUAAUGAUAAUAAAAAAGAUAAUCGUGUUCCUGAUACACCACUUAAACAAAGAUUAAUAAAAAUGCUUGGAUCAGCGAGUCCAGUUCCAACAUUAUCAACUCAAUUUGAUGAAAAAGUAGAAGUAACGAAUAAAGAUAAAAUUAAAAAUUUUAAUGAUAACGAUUGUAAAAAAGUUGUUAUACAUAAUGAAUCAAGUGUUAAUACAAGAAAUAACACUUCAAAUAUUCGUGAUGGUAAAAUUAAUGAAACUGAGCUAUUACAAGAAUUAUUAGUACGAAAAAGAUCCACUUCACCAAUAAGAAGAAGAACAGAUUCUCCAUCAAAAAAAAAAAUAAAUUCACCAAUAAGAAGAAAAAAUAAUUCACCAUCCAAGAAAAAAUCUCAAUCACCUUCGAUAAUAAAAUUAAAAUCACCAUUAAAAAAAAAACAAUCAUCAUCAAGUCCAUCAACAAUAACAGCUGACAUUGAAAUAAAAAAUGAACCCCAAAUUUCAAAACAAAUAUCAAAAAAACCAUUAUUAACUGAAACAAGUUGGAAAGAUCACGUAAUAAGUCGUUUUUUAAAAAUGAGUAAAAAUGAUAUACAAAAUAUGGUUAAUAAUUCAAACUUACGUAAGUUUGAUAUUGCUAUGGAACAUCUUGUUAAAGAACAAAAAUCAACAAUAGCUCAACAGCAACGUAAUAAAGAAGAAGAAAAAAUGAAAAAUAUCAAUGGAGAUAAAGAUGAUUUCAUAAAUCAAUUACAAGCAAUACUUGAUCCCGCAGCGAUUGUGGAUAUAACUGAUUUACCAACUAAUUUUAUUCAACAAUUAAGUCAAGUAUUACAAAUUGAUUCAUCAUUAAAUGUACAUCAAUUGGAUGAACAAAUUGAAACUUCUUCUACACUGCUUGAAAAUCCAGUAAUACAAGAACCAACAGAGUCGCAAGUAAUCGAAUAUAUUAAACCGCCAGUUGAGCUACACGUUGAUGCACCUGUUAAUACAAUUCAUGAAACAUACAAGUUGCAUCAUAAAAUCGAUAAUGUAGCGAGUAAAGACACGGUAAAGAAUACAAUAGUUGAUACAACUUCGUUAAAUGUGAACAUGCAAACAAAAAAUACAAAUCCACAACGACAAGAAAUAAUCAUUAAUAAAAAAAAUACUACAACACCAAAAUUAUCAUCAUCAUUAUCAUCAUCACCAUCAUCGUCAUUAUUAUCAAUAAAUCAACCAUCAAAUUGGGAUAUGGAAGACAUUGACGAUAAACUUGCUAAUGUAAAAAAAAUUAAUAAAUUAGAUAAAAAAAUGAUAAAAAAUAGUUUAAAUAAAUCACCAAGUUUAUUACCACGUAUUGAAACACCAAUUGUUGAAAGACUCGAAAGACAAGCCGAUGAACUUGAUAAAUUGUUUACAGCUGGUAUUGAAAAAGCUAAAGCUGCGUCAAAAACAGCAUCAUCAAUUAAUGAUAAUGAUAUUAAUUUAUGGAAAAGUGAAAAUAAUCAUGAUAUUGAUGGUUUUUGGAAUUUGACUAGAGAAGAAUAUAAAACAAGAUAUUCUGAUAAUAUUAAUCAACAAAAUAUUGAUGAUACCAAUGAUGAUUUACAAAAUAAACAAAUUAAUAAUGACAGUUCAUCGCGUAACUCAUAUUCACCAACAAGAUUAAUUGAUAAUGAUGAUUGUAAUAGUGAUAGCUUAAGUGGAAGUGAAACAGAUACAUCAAGUACUAGUUAUACAAGUGACAAUAAUAUUGAUGGUAAAAGUGUCGAUGUCUAUAAAAUGAUCAACUAUAUAAAAAGCCGUGAUAAAACAGGUAAAGAAAAAUUAAUAAAUGAUGAUUUUCGUGAUGAUUUGAGUAAUAAUAGUUUAACUAGAAAAAAAAAAGAUAAAAGUAUAAAAUAUAAAAUACAUAAAUCCAGGUGUAAAAAAAAAAAUAAACGUAAACGUGAUAAAAAAAUUAAAAAACGUAAAACUAAAAAAAAAAAACGUCAUCGUAAUUAUCGUCAAUUAUCAUCAUCAAAUGAUGAUUAUGAUGACAAUAAAACUAUGAAUAGAUUAUUAAAUGAAAGUGAAAUUAAACAAGAAAUUGAAGAAUCACAAAUGUUUGACCAAACAAAAACAAAUGAUAAUAAUUCUAUUACAUUGAAAACUGUGGCUGCAACAACAAUAGUCUCAAGCUCAUUGACAACUCCAUUAACAACAACACCAUUAACCACCACCACCACCACAACAACAACAACAACAACAACUGCAAUAAUUAAAUCAGUAUUAUUGUCGCCAGCAUCACCAGCAAGUACAACGUCGCAAUCAUCAUUUUCAACUCAAAAAACAAAAGCUCAAUUGAAACAAAUGCCGGAUUCAACUGACAAAAAUGAUCAGGUCAUUGAAAACUUUACACUUCAGGAAGCUAUUAAAAAAUCAGAUGAAAAAAUUGGAAUAAAAUCGGUUUCAGUUGUUAAUGAUACACAUUUAACAUCAUCAAAAAAUUUGUUGAAAAUAUUUGAGAAAAAUAAGACUACCGAUGAUAACAUGAUAAAAAUGGAAAUACCUAAAGAUCUUGACAUUGAAACGGAAAUAAAUAAUAUACCAGUUGUUGCAUCAUCAGAUGUUGAAUGUAAAAUUAAUGAUAAGCUAUCUAGUGAACCUUCCAAACAAUUAAAUAUAAAAGCUUGUCACGAGCGAGCAUUAACAAAUAAAAUUCAGGAAGAAGAAAACCAAAAUAUUGACCAUAUGAAGCAAGAAUUGCCAUCAAUUAUAGAUUAUUGUAAUAAUUUAUGUCAAAGUGAAAAAAUAAUUAUAACUGAUAAACCAAAAAUAAUAAAAACUGAAAUAAUUGAUAGUUUAAUAAAUAUAUUCAAAAAAGACACAAUUGACAAACAAAAAAAAAGUUUUACAAAUGUGAAGUCAGAAGGUGGUAAAGAGAUUAAAUUAAAAGAAAAAGUUAAAAUACGUACAGCAAUCGUAACUAAUAAUAUUGACAAUAUAAAAAAAAUUAGUAAAAAAACGUUAAAUAAUCCACCAGGACCAGCAAGUUUCAAAAAACGAAGAAAUGAGAAUGCUAUUCAAAAAAAUGAUGAAGAUAUUGACCAACAACUGAAUGCUAUAAGUGAGCAUACUUCACGUUUUGAUCAAUUUUUUAUUAACAAUUUCAUAAGUGAUGAUUUACCAGAUACAAUAACCUUUGAAAAAAUGGUUUAUAAUAAUAAAAAUAAUGAUAAAGUGUUAAAAAAUAGUACAAUUAGUGAACUAUAUAUUAAAUCAGAAUUACAAAAAAGUGCUGGAGAUCAAUUGGAUAUACCAACAACAUUAAAAUUCAAUGAUAAUUCUAAAAAAAUUGAUGAAAAUUCAAUUGCCCAUGCAAUCAAUCAACAUGAUGAUAUUAAAAAAAUAGAAAAUGUCAAUAAUUAUAAUGCAUCAUCUGGAUUGAUGAAUAUUGAUAAUGCCGAAAGACAAUCAAACGCUGACAUGGCUGAAUUAACAUCAAUACCUGCUACACAAAUACUAUCACGUCUUGAAGAUGACAACAAAAUUAAUUUUUUUGAUCCGCCAACAAUCGACAAUUUACCAAAAAAUAAACAAGAAAAGAUGCUAAAAAGUGGAAGGAUUGAUGAUACAUUAGUUGACAAUAAAAAUCUUGAUAAAAUUAAUGCUGAUACAACACUUCAAGUUAUAACAAGUCAAUGGCCAACAGAUAAUAAUCAACACAGUGAAGAAGAUAUGCAAAAUUUAAUAGCACCAGAAGAAGCACAUAAUGAUUGUAAUGAUAACUUAAUAACUAUACAUUCACACACACCUACAUGGCCUAUUGAAAAUAAAUUAUCACCUCAUGAUUUUACACGUACAAAUGUUGUACUACGUGACCGUGUACUAGCAAUAGUUACCCCACGUAAUUCAGUAUUGGAUGAACCAAUAACAUUUACAAGUGGUCAUUCACCAAUUUUAGAAACUAUGGAAUUUGAUUUGUUAAAUGAAAAUGAUGUUAUAACUGGUACAAUAUAUGAUAAUCAAUUAACUGUUAGUACUGGUGAUAGUUCAUUUGUUGAAGAUGAUGAAGUUAACCAAACAUUAACACCAAUCGUUGAUAAUUGUUUAUCAAUAACACAAACAAACGUUGAUGGGAAUAAUGUUGUAACAGUUGCUGAUCGAGAUUUAAUAAAAGUUGUUAAAGUUGAUUCAUCAGUACGUUUAUUAUCACCAAUAUUACAAGAGCAAUUAAAACUAUUUAAUGAUAGUACAAAUGAUAAGGAUAAAUUUACAAUUAAUAAUAAUACCAGUGAUAAUAAUAAUGACGCCAAUACUGAUAAAAAUAUUGAAACAAUUGAAAAAUCAGGAAAUAAUGAAGCUGAGAAUCCUGAAACUUCAAUUCAAAUUAAAGUAAAUCAGGAAAAUAUCAAUAAAAAAGAAGCUGAAUUAGUUAAAGUUUCUGACAUGAUUCAGGAGAAAGUUUCAAUCACAAAUGAAAUACCAUUAGUUGUCGAGAAAAAACAUCAAACCAGUAUUACAGUACCUGAAGAAAUAGAUAAAACAGAGGAAACAUCUCAAACUCCAAUCGAUAAUUCAGUUAAUGAAGAUGAUAAAUCAAUGGAAAAAUCAACAAAACAAAUAACAGAUACCGACAAAUCAACAAACACAAUACAAAAAUUUAAAAAUAAUAAUGAAAAGAAAAAUAAAACAAAAGCAACAUCAAUGCAUAUUUAUAAAAAACAUAAAUAUCAUGAUGAAAAGAAAACAAAAUUAACCGUUGAAAACGUUGAAAAAGCCGUUAGAUCAAAUAUUGUAAAUAAGCCUAAAACUAAAAAUGAUGUUAUGGCAAGAAUGCGAGAAAUUGAUUUAUCAAUACAAAAUUUAAUGAAUGAAAAAAUGCGUUUAUAUCAAAUGUUACAAAAUGAUGAAUGGCCAAUAUGUCAACAUGAAAUAAUAACACCUGACAAUACAACAGAAAAAAUACAAAAUAAUGUACCUGAUAAAUCGAGCACAAGUAAAAAACACAAAAUAAUUGAAAUUAAAUCAAAAUUGGUAACAUGUGAUACUACAAAAUCAACUCUAAAACCUUUAAAAAUUGAUGAUAAAUGUAGUAAGACUAUUUACAAAUCAAAAUCACAAAUAUCAGGAAUAAAAAGAAAACAUCGUGAUGAAGAAGAAACAAGUAAAGACAGAGAUUGCCCUAGAACAUUAUCACCAGCAUUAAAAAAACAAAAUCGUGUUGACGAAUCAAUUCGAAAAAAAAUUAAAAAAUCGACAAUAGCAACUACAAGUACACAACAACGUCAAGAAACAUCUAAAAACCCAGUGAAACUAAGUAACUUAUUACGUGAUUUUAGACCAAAAGUAUCAGUUGAUAAACCAACGUUAUCACUUAAUAAUUCUGAAACACAACCAAAAAUUAGUGAAAAAUGUAAACUACUAGUCAAAAAUAAACUAAUAAAUUUAUCAUCAAUUGUUGAUAACAAUACAAGUGAUUUACCAGGUGAAACAAAAAAAUAUUAUAAAACAAUUGAUCAUAAUUUAAUUUAUUCUGACGAUAGUACGGUUGAUAAAAAUGAAGAUGAAAAACGAGAAACUUAUAUUAAACGUGAUAUAUCUAUUAAAGACUCGGAACAAUUAUCUGAAAACUCAUCAGCGUUAUCGGAUGAUUCAUUUGAUAUAUCAGGAUUAUUAUUAAAAAAAGAAAUCAAUUUUAAAAACCAACAAACAGUUGGUAAAAAACUUGAAAAUAUCGACAAAAUAACAGAACAUGUGCUUGAAGUUAUCGACGCUGUUGCUAAAAAUCGUAUUGAUGAUUUAUAUUCUAGUGAAGAUGCCAAGCACGCCGAUGACAAACAGACGGCAGUGGAUGAUUCACAAGUUACUGAACUAGUCGAAGAAAAAUCAUUGCAAAUAAAAGAAGUUUCAACUAUAAGAGUUCAUGAACCGACGAAUGCUGAAAGCGAGAAUGAUGAGUGGACAGCUCUCAACUCAAUAGAACUUGUCGAGAACAAGUACGGAGAUGACCACGUUGAAGCAAUGGUCAAAAAAAUGUCAGAACAUGAUCAAAAAUCAUCAGAAAUUCAUAAAAAAAUAUUAGGUGAUUGGCAAGAUUUUCGUUAUGCUCAUGAUCAAAGAAAAAAAAAUCAAUCCCAUAAUUCAACUGAAAUAGACAAUUUGGGCAAUAUUGAAUCAUUGGAUGAACAACCAAAAAAUAUAGAUUCAAAAAUAAAACCAAAAUCAACCGUUAAAGAACUUGAAAUAUCAAAAUUAUUAAAAAAAGACGAUGAUGAUGAUGAUGAUGAUGAUGAUGAUGAUGAUGAUGAUGAUGAUGAUGAUGAUGAUGAUGAUGAUGAUGAUGAUGAUGAUGAUGAUGAUGAUGAUGAUGAUGAUGAUGAUGAUGAUGAUGAUGAUGAUGAUGAUGAUGAUGAUGAUGAUGAUGAUGAUGAUGAUGAUGAUGAUGAUGAUGAUGAUGAAUCACUAAUUGGAAAUGAGAAUGAUUUACGAAUUGAUGAUGAUCAUGAUGAUUCAAAUAAUGAUAAAAAAUCUAGGCCUUCCAAAAGAAAAAAUUUUGAAAAAUCAUCAUCAUUUAACGUUAAAAGUUCAAUAUUAUCUAAAGAAAAGAAUAAAUCCAUGCCCCGUAAUCGAUGUAGAUCUAUACGUGCUUUUAAAUCAAGUUCACGUGAUACAUCACCAGAUAUUGACAUCAAGAAAAGAAAAUUAUCCUGUGAAUCAACGAGUUCACGAAGAAAAUCGUCGGCAAAGAACUUAGGUCCAACAAAAUUAACUGAUGAAGGUUCAACAAAACGUGGUAAAAAACGUAAAUUACCUGAAAAAACACGUGAAGAAAUGAUGAGUUGUCGUGUGAAACUUGUCGAUUGCAAGUUUACUUAUUUACUAUCUAAUAUUAAACCGAGUAUUUUAUAUAAAUUGGGUAUAACAAAAAUUAAUUCAUGGUCUAACAAAAAAAUCGAAAAACUAUUAUUGAACAAUGAUGAUAACAUUGAUAUAAAUAAUAAAAAUCGAAAUGUUAAAAAAGGUAUUGAUCAAAAUAAAAUGAACACAAUAGGAGUAGUUGAUUCACCAAUCGAGUCGUUAAUAAACUGUAAUAACAAUGACAAUGAUAAUGAUUCAAACGAAUCAUUGAUGUCACCAAAAAUUGUUGAACUUGCAUCAUCAAGUAUUCGUGACUCUGCUGAAGACGAUACAAUUGAAGUUAUUGAACAAGAUCUUGAGUAUGAAAAUGACAUAAAAAUAUUGCAACAUCGGGAACUUGAUGGAACAAAUAACGUAAUUAUCGAAAAAAAUCAAAAUACUGAAACAAUAUCUUGUGAUGAAAAUAUUGAUAUUGAUGACUACCAGAAUGAAGUAACUCAAUAUACUGUUCACAAGGGGCCAAUUCUUGACAUUAAAGUUUUUGGAGAUUCAUUUUUAGCUGCGAGUGAAGAUGGUGCUAUUUAUCGUUACACCCAAAAAUCAAAUAGUAUAUUAAAUAUAUAUAAAGGACAUGAUGCUGCUGUCACAUGUUUAUAUAUUCAUGAAACAACUGGAAUGUUUAAUAAUAUGUCUGAUGAUAGACAAUGGUGUUUAUUUUCUGGUUCACUUGAUGCAACAUUGCGUUGUUAUGAUGUUUUGACUGGUGCACUUGAAGGGAAAGUUAUUUCGAUUGGGAGUCCAGUGCAAUGUAUGGACCAAGCAUGGGGUCACAUUUUUAUCGGAACAAAAUCCGGUCACAUAUCACGAUAUGACAUCAAAUCUCGCUGCUUAAGAGAAGACAAUCUUGAUUUUUCUGAUAAACCAGUACUUGCAUUACGCACAUCAACUGAAGGAGCAAGACGAGUAUUGAUUGUUGCAUCACGUAACCAACCAAUUACCAUUAGAGACGCCCAAAAUGGACUAUUUUUGAGAACAAUAUCCGGACCAAGAACAUUAACUGUUUACAGUUUAAUGAGAGAUGAAGGCAACUUAGUUUAUUGUGGUACAAGCAGUACAUUAAUUCCGGUAUUUGACUUUCUUACUGGCCAACAAGUUGCUCAGUACACCGCUGGUGUUGGUAUUGUUUGCAUGAGACUUUAUAAACAGUUACUAUUCGCUGGUUGUUACGAUGGGAAUAUUUACGUUUUUGAUGUUAAGGAUAUAAAACUACUUUGUAGUAUUGCUGGACCUGGAAACAUGCUAUUGAGUAUGGAAAUAAAAAAUGAUAUCAUAAUUGCAGGCAGCAAAGACCGACGUUUACACGCAUGGCGCAUGCCAGAAAUAGUAAGAACAAUAUUUUCUGAAAGAUAAUCUCAAUUAUUGAGAUUUAUUUCAAACUUACAAGUGCCUGGGACAUCUAGUCAAAUAAAUAAAUAAAUAAUAAUGCUCGUAAUACAUGUGUAUAUCAAACAAAAAAAAAAAAAAAAAAAAAAAUGGACAUAAAAGUAAUCAUACACACCAUUUAUAUGUGAAGAAUCAAUAUCAUGACAUCAUGACGUUUUAGAAUCUAAAAAAAAAUUACUAUACAUAUGCACAUAGUCAGGAAAAACAUUGUACAAAUGACAUGUAUAAAUAAUAAUAAUUGUUGUUUUCCUUUA